AUGUCGGCCAUCUUUGACCAGAACAGCUACGGCGAUUACAACAGUGCAGGACAAACCUCAGACAACUUGCAGUUCUUCCCUAGCCAAUACGGAGAUCCCUCCAGCGGUGGCUAUGGACACCAACAACAGCGAUCCACUUCUUUUCCUGCCAACACAAUGUCGCCUGCACCAGAACUUGGCUAUGGCGGAUACAACCCUGUACCAGGAGCUCAGAUGAACUCACAGCCUACCAGCUGGCUCUCUGCCUUUGGUGCUGGUGGACUCGAGGGUGAACCACCAUUGUUGGAGGAGCUCGGUAUCAACUUUAACCACAUCAAGACAAAGUCUUUCACCGUUCUCAACCCUCUUCGGCCUGUGGACCGCAACAUCAUGGACGAUACAGAUCUGGCUGGUCCAUUGCUGUUUUGCCUCGCCUUCGGAACAUUCCUUCUCUUGUCUGGAAAGCAGCACUUUGGAUAUAUAUACGGAGUGGCAGUAGUAGGUUGUUCUGUUCUCUUCCUGAUCCUGAACUUGAUGUCGCCCCAGGGCGUGGAUAUCCCCAAGACGGCCAGUGUCCUAGGAUACUGCAUGUUACCUCUGGUCAUGCUGAGCAGCGUGAGCACACUGGUUACUUUGAAUGGUGGACUUGGAUACAUCUUAUCUGCUUUGGCUAUCGCAUGGUGCACCUACUCUUCAUCAGGAUUCUUCACUGCGGUCCUUGGUAUGAACGACCAACGUUUCCUGGUCGCCUACCCAGUGGGACUCUUUUACGGAUGCUUUGCCCUUAUGACCGUCUUCUAG